UAAGCGCACUUUCCUCUUCCACUUUCUUCUUUUCUUCUUCCCUUCCCGAGUUUCCACCUCCAUAAAACCAGACGAUCCUCCAUUAUUUCUGAAACACCCGCGAACCAUCAGGCAACAAAAGCAAAGCGAAGUCACUUAGACCCUCGCAUUUUCCAGACACAGAGGGAUAGUUGAAUCCGAUUGUUUGGAUUCUUGAAGCGAUCGCGCGGGUGGCGGCGGCAAUGGGAUCUCCUUUUCUCUUAGUUUCCGUUGUGUCUCUCAUCGUCGGCUUCUUCUUGCCGUCCGCUCAGGCCAACGCUCCUGCUCCUGCGCCGGCCAGCGAUGGAACAUCUAUUGACCAAGGGAUUGCUUACAUCCUGAUGCUGGUGGCUUUAGUUCUUACCUAUCUCAUCCACCCUAUGGAUGCCUCCUCCCCAUACAAACUCUUCUGAGUCUCUCUUAAUGAUCGGACAGGUUAGGCAGAGAUGCUGAAAUCCUGGAAUGCUUCUGUAAAGAUGUUUUAAUUUGUUAUCAAUGAGAUUUGGAUGUUUGGUUUGCUUUUAUUUUCCUCUAUAAAAUGCUGCUUCAUUUUUAGUGUGCUGUUUUUC